AUGAUAGAAAAUUUUGUUAGUAAAUGUACAGAGUGUGAAAAAUUUCAAAGGUCUAAUGUUAAGGAACCUCUUAUUUCACAAGAAAUUCCUCAAUUGCCAUUUUUGAAAAUCGCAAUUGACAUUGGGGAAUAUGGUGGUAAAUGUUACCUUAUAUCAGUUGAUUGUCUAUCUAAGUGGUUAGAUAUAAUCCCUAUAGAAAGUAAAUGUAUAGAAGAAAUCAUAUUGAAAUUGAAGUGUAUAUUCUCAAAUCAUGGUAUACCAAAAAUAAUAGUUUGUGACAAUAAUCCUUUCUGUAGCUAUAAGUUUAAACUAUUUGCGUCAGAUUGUAAUUUUGAUAUUUCCUAUAUAAGUCCUCAUUACCAUCAAAGCAAUGGCCUGGCUGAAAAAGGAGUAGGAGUGGCUAAAGGUAUCAUUAAAAAAGCUAAAUGUCUUGAAGAUAUUUAUACAGCAUUGUUAGAGUAUAGAGUAACAUCUGUCGCUGGCUUAGAUUACUCGCCAUCGGAAAUUUUAAUGGGUAGAUUAUUAAGAUCUAAGAUUCCGGCUACAUUUUCUAAUUUACAACCAAAAUUAGUAUAUAAUAGCGCAUAUGAGAAGUUGGUUAAUAAUCAGGCUAGUAUUAAGCAUUGUUAUGAUAAAACGUCUAGGGAAAGGGAGCCGUUUAAAAAAGGGGAUGAUGUGGUCGUGCAAAACCCUUUACGAAAAGUGUGGGAAAGAGCAAAAAUUAUUGAUGUAGGUCAAACACCACGUAAUUAUAAAGUAUUGACUGAGACGCAACGUACAUUAAAUAGAAAUAGUAUGCAUAUUAGAAAAUCUUUAAAUGUACCUAGAUUUACGGGAUUACCUUACGAAGAAGGUUUUUCUGAAACUAAAGCUACUGAUACAGAAAAUUUAAAUAAAGCAUCAAAUAACAAUCAAUUUCAAGAAAGCCUUCCAGUAGUAAGAACUAGAUGUGGUAGGGCUGUCAAACAGCCUGCAAAGUUUAGAGACUUUGUUGCAGCGUAA